AGCCAAAAUCCAGUCCUUUCUGCUCUCUUUGUGGGGAGGGAAAGCCCUUAAGGACUUUUAAGUAUAGGCUCCUUUUUCCAUCACUCAGAAACAGAAGCACGGCCAGCAGCGGUGGGCAGCAGGUCAGCUACUUCAGCUGGGGAUCAGGGCUCUGCUGUCACCUGCCAGCUCCUUGGUGCUGGACCUAGAACAGCCCUUCUCCCUCUGUGGCCCUCAGUCUCCCCUCCUGUAGAAGCAGAGCAGCUGGGCUGUCUCCCUGAGCUCCCUCUACCUUUGGUCUGGUCUUUCCCACAAUCAGUGGGGUCACACACUAGAACUUCACAUCAGGAGACUGCUGGUCCCUUCCCGCGUGGUCUUGUGGAUUCUUCGUGAAGCCUUGUGUGUCCGGGAUGGGGUGGGGGCACUAAACUGCCCUAGACCUCCUACUUUUAUGAGGCCCUCCGGUAGAAAUGGCCCCUGACAUGGGGCACUUAGACCCCCUACAUGACCAAACCAUGGUGCUUCCUUCCUCAGAGGUGGGGGGCCCUGACGGAGCCCUCUCCCAGCUGCCCCUGGCCAAGCUCUUCCCUCCAGACAACCCCGCCCACCAGCCGCAGAUGCUGGAGCGGAGCCUGCGGGAGGAGGAGCUGCGAGCACAGCACCAGGCCGCGGUGCUGCACCUGCGAGAGAUGGCGCUCCAGGAGAAAACGCUCGCGGAGCUGGCGUGGCUGGAGCAUCGGCGAGGGUGCCUGGACAGCAAGAGGGACAGAGCUGUGCUGGCCAUGCUGGUGGAGAAGCAGCAGCAAGCCCUCAGCAGAUUCGAGAAGGAGCAGAGGGAAAUCCAAUACCUGCGCCACACGCAGCUGCUCAGACACCGAGACAGGAAGCUGUUUCUGCAACAUCAGAGGGACGUCGUCUCCAUGCCGGGGCCUGCAGGAGCCCUCCCCAUCCCGGGGCCCACGGGCACCCUCCCCAUCCCAGGGCCCAGGGACGCACUCCCCAUCCCGGGGCCCACAGACGCCCUCCCCAUCCCAGGGCCCAUGGAAGUCCUCCCCAUGACGGGGCCCGCGGACGUCGUCCCAGUGCACGAGCUGCAGGCCCGGGCCAAGCUGCCGCAGGGCUCCAGCCCCAGAGUCAAGGCCACCUGGGAGGGUGGCUCAGAGACAAGCCAGCAGCCAGAGGCCUCCCUGUGUCCCCUGACCCUGCGCAGGCCCAGCAGCCCCACCAGCCGUCGCCCCCAGAGCAGCCCCGCAAGCUCGAAGGCCAAACGCCCUCCCGCGGAGCAGCAGGAUGUGAUGCCGCCCCAGACAACCUCCGACGCAGAUGGUCACCAGCAGCCUCCGAGGCCAGUGUGGGGCGAGGACACACAUGACGCCCGGGGCCCGCUGGUGGAGAGUGGCAGCCACGUCAGCCAAGAACCUGGGAAGCAGCCUCGGGCCCCUCAGCCGGGCCUGCAGCCCACGAGCCCCCCUGACGGACAGCGGCUGGGCCCAGCCUCUCCCGUACGCACUUCCUGGAAGCCAUUUCCCCAGCCCCACCUGUUUCAGGGCCCUCCUCCCAACAUUCUGCCAAUCCGAGACUUGAUCUUGGUUGGGGCCCCUUGGUUCCUGUGGCCGGUCCUUGGUUCCUGCAGUGGGUCCCUGUCUGUCCCUGUCCGUCCCUAUCUGUCCCUGUCCACCCCCAUCUGUCCCCAUCCACCCCAGUCUGUCCCCAUCUGUCCCCAUCCAUCCUGGUCUAUCCCUGGCCCUUGGUGCCCUCCCUGCAGGGCCCUGUGGCAUGUCCACUCCCCUGUCUCAAUCCCCAGGCCGAGGAGGCGGAGGGGCGCCUCCCCACAGCUCAGCGCGGGUCACGGGAGGCGAAGGAGCCGCUCCCAGGUAAGCACCCUGGAAACAGCGUGUGGGCCAUCGAGGCGCCGGACGCUUCCCCCACAUCCGGCAAAGACUGUCCGAGGCUGGAGCUCAGCCACUGGACAAGGACGGAAAGCAAAGAAGAUGGGCCCUGGUGGCCCCCCACCCUGGCCUCGGACCCCUUCACCGCAAGAAGAGUGGCCGGCUCCGUCUCCUACCGGAGGAGACCCUCAGACCAAGCCCGGCCCUUCCUUAGCGGGGAAGCCCCGGGCUCCGACAGACAACCACGUGAGGAGCUUCGGGGAACGCAGCCAACCCUCCUGGGGCAGAGAAGGUCCUUGUGGCCCACAGGAAGCCAGCCAGGUGACUGAGGGCAGCACGAGCGAAGAGGGCUCAGAAUUGGGGCUGGAUUUUGCCGAGAGUCCCGUGGAGGAGUCCCAGGAAACCGAGAGCUGGCGAUCAGGGGAGCAGAGGUGUAGGCUGUGGACUGAGCCCAGUGGGGUCCCUGACAGUGGGCCCUGGGGAAGAGGCCAGGAGGACCAGGAUCCCCACAAGGUUCUCCACGAAUGUGCUUGCAGGAUGGAGGCCUGCCUGCAGGAGGUCCCCGGCGUCUCCUCCACCUGGCUGGAAACUGCCCGGGCUGCUGCCUCCCCAGCAGCUCCUGUGGCUCCUGAGGAGGUGGCGCUCCCGAUCCUGCACCAGGGCAGUCCCCUUCUCCCCGCCACCCCCUCCUGCGGUCCAGGCUCUGAGUCUGCUUCCGAAACCUGCUGGGAGCCUUUGGAAGAAGCCAUGGUGUCAUCCCACACCUCCCCAGCAGGCUCUGUGACCAGCCUGUCCUGUCCCUCUCUCUGGGAGUUCCAGAAAGCAGCGGCUACCCUGGUCCAACUUUCUGAGAGCUCCAGCUCUCUUCCCGGCUUGGAAGCUGAAGAUUCCCCAGACAACGGUUUCGCCUGGCCUGGAGAGCUCUCUGCCCGGCACUCCUCAGAGGAAGCUGGCCUGCCUUUGUCCUGGGGGCCAAACCAGGGUGAGCCUCGGCCAGGCAGUGUUCCUGGGGGUGGAGGACGGGUCACCUGGCAGAGGCCCCAGGGCAGUGGGGCCAGCCCCCUGUGUGGCUCCUCCUUGGACACGGCUGUGGCAGAAGGUUCAGCACCGGAGCAGAGCCCGAAGGCAGGCUGGCUGCUGCCUUUCCCAGACGUCCCUUCUCCUAGGUCAGGGUCAGAGCUGUCAGAGGCCUCCAGCGAAGUCUGGGACGAGGACAGCGAGAAGGACUUGCCAGAACCCUGCACCGGGGCCGAGCCAGCCUCGGGGAGCUCCCUGCCUGCAGGUGGCUCAUCCGGCCUUGAAAGUGGUGUGGAGACCCAGGUGGCUCUUCCCUCCCCACGGCCUGGGGAGGGGCAGGAAGUUUCUGGGACCAGCAAGAGCCUGACGGGGCUGACAGACACAGGAGAAGCAUGCCGGGCACCCCCGGAGGCUGCCGGUGUGGUGUUCCCACCCCAAAUCUCUUCUGCCAGUGACUCGGACUCGCUGCCGGCCUUUCCUCUGGGGACCUCUGGGGGUGAAGGAGCAGAUUUCGGCAAAGGACGAGAGACUUUGGGCUACCAGGAGGGAACUCGGGAUGCUGACUCGAGUCUGUCCACCAAGAGCAAACUCCCGUACCUCAUGCCAGAGCCCGAGACCCCGGUGACCGUGCAGGCUCCUCCCGGGGACCUGGGCAGGCUGGCACUCCCAGUAGCUGAGAGCUGGGUGCCUGGGCCCGGUGGGAAUGGAGCCCCCACUGUCCUGGAGGAAGCCUGUCCCCCACUUGCCGGUGAUGUCUUGACUGAGAUCCUGUCUCCCGUGGACGAGUUGCUGUCUUACAGCAGUGCCGACCUCCCGUCCUCCAUCCACAGGGAGGACCCCCUACCCCCACCUCCUCCCACUCCCCAGGCACAGAGUGAUGGCGAAGACACCAACCCAUGCUCAGAUGCCUUCCCUUCCCCGCCCUCGGGGCCCCUCAGGGAGGACACCGCCAUCACCACCCAGGAUUUGUCCUCCUUGUCUGAGGAGAGUCUGCUGGAGGGGCUGUUUCCUGGGCCCCAGGGGUCCGCGGGAACCCAGGAGUCGGGGCUCUGCCCAGGGGUGGCUGGACCGGGUGGAAGCCUUGAGGACCAGUUGGGUAGAUGCAGUUCUAUAGCAGAGGAUGAGACUGGAGGCAGCCAGUGGCCUGAACCUGUCAGCUGGCCAGGGCGCCCGUCGUAUGAGGGGUCAGGCAGUGUCCCUGGAGGGCUCCCAGGGCCAUCAGUGCAGCCCCCAGCUCCAUCCAGAGUGGCCUCUGUGGCCAGGGAAGGUCUGUCAGGGCUGUUGGCAGCUGGUGACGCGGACGUGACGAUUGGCAGUUCAUCGGGGGACUGGGCUCCUGCUUUGGGCACAGGGUUCUGGGCUGAUGUGGCCUUUGAGGAGGUCUUGGGCCGUGGGGGAGAGCCCUGGGAAGGAGCACAGAGCUCUGGGUGUGCAGAGAGCCAGGGAGGGUCGGGGCAGCUCUUGGUGGGUCUGGAUGAGCUCCUAGACACUGCUUCAUCUGCAGCGGGGCCCCUGGGCAGCCAAGCCUGCUUGGCCAAGACCCCCACCAGGGGCCGAGACCCCAAAGAAAUACUGGGUAAGAGCAGGAAGGCAGCCACACCCCCACAGGCAGCCACACCUCCACGUCCCUGGGAAGCAGCCCCGGCAGCCUCUCCCCCAGGCCAAGUACCCUUGGCCACCCGUGGAAGGUGUGGGUCCCUGGAGCAUGCCGGCGAGGACAUCGAGGGAGGCCUGAGCUGCCAGGUAGAGGACCCACCCGGGCCCGAGGGCUCACUGGGCAGAGAGCUGCUCCUGGAGACAGACUCAGGCCGUUGUGCGCAUCUCCCAGGUGCGGAGCGAGACCAGGCAGUGGACCUUGUCUCCACGCGGCUCACCAGGAGGGUCCUGCAUGACUCCUUAGCAGCUCUCUCCACACUGGCCCCCAGGUGCGGCCCCUAGGGAGUGUUUUCUGGAACU